ACACACAAACACACACAGACACACACACACACAGAGACACAGACACACACACACACACGGUCUCUCUCGGCAGAAACCAACUCUCCUCCCGCGGCUCACACACCAGCUACUGUCGCGGGAACAAAGUGCAGUGGACGCGGCGUUGAGGGAGAAAUGUUCCCGCUGACGGAAACAACAACACGGAAGAACUGUGACAGCGGCCGCGGCUGGAGAAAUUAACCCCGGGAUCCGAGCUCCACACGUGGACACCGUCGCUGAGACACCUCGUGAAGAGUGGAUCUCGUUCCUCCCCACUUGACCUUUUUGCCACCUGUUCCACUCCUCCUGCCACUUGAGAGAUGAGUGCUAAGUCGGCCAUCAGCAAGGAGGUGUUCAUACCCCAUGACGAGAAGAUGCUCGCUGCUGUGCAGGUGAAGCGGAGGACCAAGAAGAAGAUCCCCUUCCUGGCCACUGGCGGUCAGGGAGACUACAUGACCUUCAUCUGCCUCUCAGUGACAAAUAAGAAACCUUCCCACUUAUCCAUCACGAAGGUGAAGCAGUUCCAAGGAUCCUCUGCCUUCGUAAAAAGGUCACAGUGGACAAUUGACCAGCUACGGCAGGUCAACGGCAUCGACCCUAACAAAGACUCUCCUGAGUUUGACCUGAUGUUUGAAAAUGCUUUUGACCAGUGGGUUGCCGGUUCAGCAGGAGAGAAGUGCACCUUUAUCCAGAUUCUCCACCACACCUGCCAGCGCUACAGCUCAGCACGGAAACCAGAGUUCAUCAACUGUCAGUCCAAACUGCUGGGGGGUAACAGUAUACUACACUCAGCCGCUGACAGUGUGACGAGUGCUGUACAGAAGGCCAGCCAGGCUCUGAAUGAGCGCGGUGAGCGAUUAGGUCGGACCGAGGAGAGGACUGCGGACAUGAUGAACAGUGCUGAACAGUUUGCUGUCACUGCACACAAGCUUGCCAUGAAGCACAAGUGUUAGACCACUGCCAAAUCCACCUGGGCUGGGUGGGGUUUCACCUAUCGCCAGGCGCUGUACAGAAGAAGGAUUCCAGAUUUUAUUCUUUUUAAAAAUUUUAAUAUUAUUACUAUUUGUUAACAAUGUUAACAUUUUAAUGUUUUUGGGUUAUUGUGUUCUGGUGUUUCUUCUGGCGACGAUGCAUCGAUCGGAGGGCGGGACGAGACGUGUACAAAUCUACUUCAGACGGUCAACACAACGUUUCAUGCUUUUGUUUUGCCAAAAAAAGGUUCAAACUUUAUUUGAUAACCACAGUCACCCCAAACACCCCCCUCCUGUUUACAAGUGCUCAGACACUGAUGUGUGUUCACGUGCUGCCAAGUCAUUAACACUUCAUGACGAAGAAUAGCUUUUCUUUUCAGAUCAUCAAAUGUUAAGAGUUAUUUAUGAGCUCUGCUUUGAUUAAGCAGUAGAUUUUUGAGUGUGAAGGAUCCUCUCAUGGAAUCACAGGUUUGAUUUAGGAUUGUGUGCUGCUAUUACCAUACAGAUACAUAACACACAUACCAGGUGAUGGCCUACAUUUUCUGAUCUAAUCUCUACUUCCGACCAGAUAAUUAUUUUGGAAACAGAUUAUAAGAGCAACACGUCCGUCUGUUUCAAUAAAUCCUAAAGAGGUCAUUUUCACAAAGCGUCUUAUUGGACAUUACACUCUCUCUCCUGGUCUGUUUUUCUGUCCAUGAUUUCAAUUAUAUUACAGCAGUAUUAGUCAAAAUGUUUUCAAGAUAUUGAUAAACUGCAGGUGACAUUGAAUAAGGUGUUUUUGUUGACAUAAUGUGUGACAACAUUAAAUAUGUGGGUUUCUAUUCGACUUGUCUGCCAAACAAAAACAACCAAAACCACAUGGAAUACACUUGCCAACAUUUUUGGAAGUUGGCUUAAAGAUCUCAUUUAAAGAUUAAGCUUUUUCAUUAUGAUAAUUUAAGUUAGAUGUGGGGAUUUCAGUAAACCAGCUUCUGCACUGUAAAAAGCAAAACCUGUAAUUCUUCUCGUACUAUUAUCUCAGUGUCUGUAGAGCUAAUACGUCCCAUAAACUGGGGGCGUUUUGAAAUUACUCCUGGCUGUAUUUCAACUUUAAACAUCUAUUAGUCAUCUCUUGUGCUUUUUGUAUAAUUUGGAUUCUCAUAAUAUUCAUAAUAAUAAUGUGUGUACUGAUAUAUAAAGGACUAAAUGUCCCAAAUAGCAGCAGCAGUGUUUAAUAGUUUAUUUUUUUGUGCCGGCGUCACACUGCCUGUACCUUUGGCUUCCUCACUGGCAAGAUAUCACCCUCAAAAAUGUAUUUGAUUCUUUUUUAUAUUUUGAAUUUUAUAAUUCAUGAUGUUACAAUACACUGACAACUUUUAUCUUGCAGAGCACUGUUGAGUUCAUAAUGAAACGUUCCAGUUGCCUAACUCUUAGUGUGCUUUUAUUCCUCUCUCUAACACUUUGGAUGUUUAUU